CAGCCAACUGCUCAGUUGACUAUAGACAGGCUUUCAGUUCAGUUUUCUAAAAUGUUUCCAUUAAUUUUGCUGGCCGGCAGCCUUUUGGCAUUGGGCUGGUUCUAUGUGCGGCACCACUACGAUUACUGGCAGCGUCGUGGCUUUCCCUACGAUAAGAAUUCGAGCAUACCAUUCGGUUGCCUGGACAGUGUUUGGCGACGCGAGAAGGGCAUGGGCAUGGCCAUCUACGAUGCAUAUCUGAGCAGCAAGGAGCGCGUGCUGGGCGUUUAUUUGCUCUUUCGUCCGGCGGUUUUGGUGCGCGAUGCCACACUGGCACGCCGUGUGCUGGCGCAGGAUUUCGCCAGCUUCCAUGAUCGUGGCGUGUAUGUCGAUGAGGUGAACGAUCCGUUGUCGGGCUCGAUAUUUGCGCUACGUGGCCAGAGUUGGCGUUCCAUGCGCCACAUGCUGUCGCCGUGCUUUACGUCCGGCAAACUGAAGGGAAUGUUCGGCACCUCCGAGGAGAUUGCCAACAAUAUGGUCAACAAUCUGCAGCAGACACUGCCGGAGCAGGGCGCUCAGGAGGUGGACCUGAAGUCGGUGAUGCAAACGUAUGCCAUCGAUAUAAUUGCCUCGACCAUUUUUGGCUUGGAGUUGAACAGCUUUGUGACGCCGGACAACAAGUUCCGGAAUCUGGUGACAAUCGCACGGCGCAACACGCGCUUCACCACGCUCUUUGGCAUGAUGAUAUUCCUGGUGCCAUCUGUGGCUAAGUUUCUGUUCUCGUUGGGCUUAAAAAACCCGGUGGGCCUGGCCAUGCUGGAAAUUGUCAAGGAGACCAUUGAGUACCGCGAGAAGCAUGGUAUUGUGCGCAAGGACCUGCUGCAGCUGCUCAUGCAGCUGAGGAAUACCGGCGUGGUGGAUGAGAGCGAUGAGAACAUAUGGAAAAUACAAAAAUCCACAACUGAGGAAAACAAAUGCCUUUCGCUGGAGGCCAUUACGGCCCAGGCUUUCAUAUUCUACAUUGCCGGGCAGGAGACAACCGGAUCCACGGCGGCCUUCACGCUGUUCGAGCUGGCGCAGUACCCGGAACUGCUGGAGCGCCUGCAGUCGGAGGUGGAUGAGACGCUCGCUCGGCAUGGUGGACAGAUCAGCUACGAUGCGUUGCAGAAGAUGGAGUUCCUUGAGCUGUGCGUGCAGGAAACACUGCGCAAGUAUCCCGGCCUGCCCAUUCUGAAUCGCGAAUGCACACAGGACUACACGGUGCCAGAGACCAAUCAUGUGAUACCGAAGGGCACUCCGGUGGUUAUCUCACUCUAUGGCAUACACCACGACGCUGAAUACUUCCCGGAGCCCGAAAAGUACGAUCCCGAUCGCUACCUGGAGGAGAAUCGCAACUACAGUCCGACGGCAUUCAUGCCCUUUGGCGAGGGACCCAGGAUGUGCAUUGCCCAGCGCAUGGGACGUGUCAAUUCCAAGCUGGCCAUUAUCAAUGUCCUUAAGAAUUUCAACGUGGAGGCGAUGAGCAAGCAAGAACUGGAAUUUACAAACAGCGGCAUUGCCCUUACACCCAAGCAUGGGGUGAAGGUGCGUCUGUCCAAGCGACUGCCCAAGUGAGCCAGAAAUACUUGUGCAUAAUUAUGAAAUUCAAUACACUGCCACCUGGGGCAGUCGAUCGAUUCAGAUUAUGAUAGCAGUGAAAUGAUUGAGUAGUCUUAUCAUUAUCAAUGCGAUUACCGUUAAGCACUUCGUAUAUUCUACUAUCAAUAAAUAACAAUGUCAACCGAA